GGUGCAGGGAAGACCACGCUUCUCGAGCACAUUCUGACUUCCUCCUCGCACGGGCUGCGAGUUGGAGUCAUCGUCAACGACGUCGGUGCACUCAACAUUGACGCUGCGCUGCUUCGCAACCACGACGUCACGCGCAAGCAAGAGGAAGUGGUUGCGAUGCAGAACGGAUGCAUCUGCUGCACACUUAGAGGAGAUCUGCUCGAGGAGGUGGCUCGGCUAGCAGAGCAAGGAGCUGUCGAUUAUCUGCUUAUUGAGAGCUCCGGAGUGAGCGAACCGCAGCAAGUUGCCGAGACCUUUUCGGAAGAGUUUGCAGAGAUGCACAUAGCUGCGGGCCACGACCUGGAGGCAGAGGCGCAGCAGCACAGCGGAGAGGUCGGCACAUCUGCAAACCAGCAUCUGGCCGAGAUUCUCAAGUCUGGCGGUCUCUCCCGGAUUGCUCGUCUAGACACCUGCGUGACGGUCAUUGACGCCGUCAACUGCAUGACCGAUUUCAACACGGCCGACUUCCUCGCAGACCGGCACAAGCAGGCCACCGCCUCGGAUGGCCCUCUCGCUGAUGGCAGCCCAACACAGGACUCCGGCGUUGUCCCCGAGGAAGACGACCGCAACAUCAGCGAGCUGCAAGCUGAUCAGAUCGAGUUUGCCGACGUCAUCGUCAUCAACAAGUGCGACCUCGUAUCUACAAGCGAAGUCGACAGCGUCCGUGGCCUGGUCAAGCGACUCAACCCGACGGCCAAGAUCCUCGCGACGGUAAAGUCCCGGCUCGAUCCCAAGGAGAUCCUCGACACGCGGCUUUUCAGCUACGAGAAGGCCGUGCUGAGCGCUGGUUGGCUCAAGAGUCUCACCGAGGGCGAGGACCUGGUGCCUGAAACCGAAGAGUACGGCAUCGGCACGUUUGUGUACCGUGCCCGCAGGCCAUUCCACCCCGAGCGGUUGUGGGAGACAAUCAAGAAUGUGUUUGUGAUUAUCCAGGAGGAGUAUCAGCCUGACGAGAUGGAUGAGGAUGGUGACGAUGACAAGAACAAGGUUGACAAUGAUGAUGAUGAGUGGGAGGAGGAAGAUGAAGAUGAAGAAAUGGACGUGGAUGAUGAGCAACCUCAGCUUGAUCCUCGGAAACGCCUCGCUGCCAAGAUGCAGGAUCGCACCUUCGGGCCGUUGCUGAGAUCGAAGGGCUUCUUGUGGUUGGCGACAAGGCCGAAAAUGUUUGGCGAGUGGUCUCAAGCAGGAGUCAUGCUGACCAUCACGGCCGGCGACCUCUGGCGGUGCGAGCUGCCCGAGUCGGAGCUCCCAACCCACCCAGCCACGCGCGAGGCUAUCCUCAAGGACUUCCAGGACCCCUGGGGCGACCGCCGACAGGAGCUCGUCUUCAUCGGGCAGCAGAUGCGCGACGGUGGCGAGGCGCGGAUCCGCCGCGCGCUGGACAACUGCCUGCUGAAAGACUCCGAGUUUCGUAAAUGGGAGAAGGCGAUGCGGAUCAGAGACGAGGACAAGAGGGAGGCGCGACUCGUCGAGCUCUUUGAGGACGGGUUCGAGGAUUGGCUGGACCCGAGGGAGCACGGGCAUGAUCAUGGCGAUGGGCACGGGCACGAUCAUCACAGUCAUUGAUAUCGGAUUCGAAUAGGGAUGGGCGUCCAAAAAGGCAAGAAUGCCAUAUUCGUCGCGUUGUACAAACAGGUCACAAAGUAUUGUGCGCCAGGGUCUAUGAUUUGAGACAGCUUGUAAACUCUUGUGGCAUCCGAGACGGUCCCUGGCGGCAAACUAGCUUGCCCUUUGUUCAGAAGCCACAUCUCCCGCGUGGCGCAGCGUGUCCCUUAACGCGAGACUGAGGGAGUCUCAGUGUGGUUUGAUUUAUAAGUCUCCUUUCGCCGACCGAUGCCUUGGGCUGGUCUGAGAGCGUGCGUUUCCUGCCCAGCUGAAUUAUCGUGGCUGAACCAAGGACAUGCCAGUCCGCACGAGUGUGUGAG